CCCAUCCAUCGCUUCCCGGAACUCCCCACCAUCAACAUCCCAGCUUCUUCCAACAGAACAACACCUUGACAGCUUUCUCAUCCACGUCAACCCCGAUUUCGCCAUAUCGCUCACUCCCCCGCGUCUCUCCCGCCAUCAUGGUCAUCGUCAACGAGAAAUCAAUGCUGCCCCCUCCCCCUCCCUACCUCUCCCGCUCGCUCGACGCGCACCCCCCGCCCUUCCCCGGAUCCUCUACCCGCCCAAAACCUUCCUUCUCCACGCUCCCCCCGCACAUCCUCCUCGUCAUCCUCUACCACGCCUUCCCGCAGACGUCCUUCCUCGACGAGGGCCGUGUCGAGCGCCAGAGACGCACGCUGUACUGGAUGAGCAUAUCGCUCAGGCUGGUCAGUCGGUCGGUCUACAUCGCAUGUAUGCACAUCCUCCGCUCGACCUACCUCCCCGCAUACACAUCCCUCCUGCGCGCUCCUUACACCUCCGACCCCUUCCCACUAUCCUCUCCCCCAUCCACCACCACCACCACCACCACCACCACGCCUCCGACCUCGACCAUUACUUCAACACCAACCCCCGACCUCCCGCUCCUCCCGUCCCCACACCGCGAAACAGCGAUCCUGGACGCGUUCAUUGCGCUCAAGGUCCGCGAAGACGUGUGGGCCGACGCGUCCGAGCUCCAUCUGGAGCGCGAGGAGACAUUCCGCGAUGUAUUCGAGCGCGUGCAGCCGCGCGCGCGCUGCGAGGACCUCGUGCGGCACUACGGCGAGCGUGCGGGCGUCGUUGUGCUCGACGCGCCCGGCGUCGCGGAUCCUUCUGCGAACGGUGGGGGCGGGAGCAGAACGAGCCGGACGCGAGCGAUCCCGUUCAGUGCGCUGAGCGUGGCUUUCGAGCCGCGCCGCGUCGCGCUCGUGCUUCAGCCGCCAGCGGGCGAGCGGCGGCGCACGAUCGCGGAGGUGCCGCGGGCCGCGCGCGACGAGCGGCUCGAGGUCGCGGCGAAGCGGCUCGUGCGGGAGCUGCAAGCGUGGAUAGCGGAGGGCGGCCAGCUGUGAGCCCUCGUAUGGACGCACGGACACACAGACGCUCUGUGCGCGGGCAAGCAUAUAUGUAUCGUACGGGUCUGUAGGUGUUUCGAUGUUGUAUUUUCACCAACCAUGUAUCCUACUCAGAUUAGGUUUAUGUACGCACAUAUGUCUGAUAUAAUAUCGACGGUACUCCCUUUUGCGGUGUCUCUAGCAGCGCCGAUGAAAAUCGCGACCCCCGCACUGACCACACGCGCCUACUGCAGCUCCCCCGCCUCCCCCUUCCACCCAAACCCGACCUCGUCCACCUCCGGCUCCGGCUCGCGCACACGCCCGGGCCGCCCGUCCCACCCGCGCCGCGACCUGUCCCGCUCGUCGUCCGCCCUGUCCGUCGCACGCAGCCCGAACGCACGCGGCAUCGCUCCCUCCAUCUCCCGCCGCCGCUCGCGCCGCCGUUCCUCCUGUCGCCGCUCGGCGUGCCGCGCCGCCGCCUCGUCGUAUGCCUCGGCGUCUGCCUCCCAUGGUGUCGCCGACGUCGCCGGCGGCGGGUCGCGCGUGAACACGCCCCUGCCGCGUCCGCCCUGAGCGCGCUCUGCAUCGCCCGCAUCCGAGUCUGCGCGUCCGUGCCCAUCAUCCUGGUCCUGGUCCUGGUCCUGGUCCUGGUCCUCCCCAUCUCGCAGCCCGCCGCUGUCCUGCCUCUCUGUCUUCAGCCCCCACCCCACCUCAUCGACCCCCCACAGCCGCCCCUGCACCCCGCCACCGCCACCGCCAC